AUGCUGAUCUUUUGGUCUAGUGAAAUCUUAUGCAUACUUGACUUGCGGUCAAAUUCGAUGUUGUGCUCUAUGCUAUCUAUAAUUGCUGCUGCUGGGUAUCUUGUGAAUUGUGACUUUAAUGCAUGGGGAGUUGAUAUGACAUAUUUGCUGCUGGAUUACCUGAUUCAGUUUAAGACGUAUUGGAAAGUUUUGUUGGUGUUGGAUGGGUUGGUUUUGGAAAGACCAAGAUGGAGGUCCAAAUGUGGAGUUUUGCUUCUUCUCAUUUGGGAGAAGGAAGUUUUAAAAGUAGAAUGCCCAUUUGGCUAUCCCGUCUCAGGAUCUUUGAGUAAAAGUAGUCAAGCGGGUAAAUUAUUGAAUAUUUGUCUGGAUUCCUGGCUUAAUGUGGUCUUUUUGGAUUCAUCAUUGGGUUCUUUUGUUGCUAAUUGGACAUGCAUGAUUGCUCUCAUCGAACAUUUUACCUGCCUGCAUGUGAUGUUUUGUAUGCUGAGAUCCAGUUUGUCUUACCAUAGAGCAAUAGUGAAACCUGACUUUGGUCCCAUAUUUCCAUGCUCUUCAACCUCAAGGUUAAUAUCAGAUUUGAGAUUGCCGCCGUACUUAACCUUCUCACUAUGA